CUGCUCCCAGAUGGCUCCCCACCAGGUGCUUUAUCAAGACGACUGUCCUCUCGUACGCUCACAACUUGAUCAGAGAACUACUACCUACCCUGACAGUCUCUUAUGGCCUACCAGAUAGCACGCGAUAGUCUGGGCAGGCCGACCUUUUCCAGACAAUCCUCCAACACGGUAUCUGCUCAGCCUGCUCAGCCUGCUCAGCCUGCUCGGUCCUGCGUGGCCACAAUCACCAGGAGACAGACACAUGCAGGCUGAAUGAACAGCAGAAGAAACAUGAGGUCCUGUGAGGGAGAUGAUUCGCAUGAAUUUUCCAGGUACUCCGUAUACCUGUGUUGUGCAUAUUCUGCUCAGCACAACUCAACUCUCUCGACUUGGCCAGACUCCAGCGCGCGCCUGAGUUGCUGACCUGCACCGCGCGCUAUCUGGCAUGUGGCAUCGAUGUGCUUAUGCAAUCGUCCAUACCCUGACCCUCGCAUGUCUUGAGCUUGAGAUCACUUCACUUCACUUAAGCUCAGCUUUGAUCGCCCAUGGCAGGUCAUCCAUGGCACACAGAGAUCAGGAGCUCACUGUGUCUUCCAUAGCCCGUGGUCCCGCUCUCUCCCGGCCCAGAGCUGGCAGAUUCAUGGGAUGAAAGAUGUCCCGCCCGGCUGGGCCUAACGCGUCUUGGGCUCGACGAAAGAGCCCGGCGCCAAAACCCACCACGAGGCUAGGCCCAUCUCAACGAGUAAUUGAGGCCCGAUAGAGUUCCCGACAAUGCCUUCAGCACAGCCAGGGGCGCCAGUCAGGGGCACCUGGGCCUCUACGGAGUAAGAGAAACGCCUGCACGGCCGCAAGCCUCGUGCUGUCAGGCAGGGCGGACAGGGCUGUGGAGCCGGUUCCCCAGGUUUCAGCAAACCUUCUCCCCAGAGUGACGACUCCACGGAUGGCGGGUGCCCACAGCUCUGGCCUAGCAGAUUAGAGUUGAAACUAAUGCCUCGAGUGCCCACCUGUUGCGAGUAGAAACGAACGGCGGCACAUUUACCCCCCGAUCCAAACUACCCCGCGUGAGGCUAUAGAUGAACUCGCUGCCCUGGUUUUUUGCCGCGGGCGGAUGAUUGGGAAGCUAAGCCAAGGGGGUCCCGAGCCCGUGGAUACGACCCCAGUGGACCCUGGCAGCCGGCGUGCAUGAGUCUCAUAUUGCCCAGACGGCCGAUGAAGCUCGAUAUGUUUUGGGGGGCCGCGCCUUGAACUCAUAAGAGACCUCACCUCCUAUCUCGCCUGGUUUGCUAGUUGUUCCCUAUCAAUAUAACGAACAAUCGCAUCGUGGGGCCGUACUCAGGAUCACAAAUCACAAACCUCACAUCUCACAUCUCUCCUGCUUGUCUCCAUCGCACAGGAAGCUAAAAUCCUAAGAAAUCCCUCAAGCACCACUCAGAACAAGAGAGAGCUAGUGAGGACAAAGCUUCAAGAUGGGAAGCCUCGAGAGCCCCAAGUUCUACAACACAAUCAAUGGCGAGAAGCGCUCCGCCGCCAGCUCCCACCAGGUCACAGACCCGCGGACGGGCCAGCCGCUGUGGGACGCCCCGAUAGCCAGCACCCAGGACCUGGAGGAGGCGAUCGAGGCCGCCAACAAGGCCUUUAAGACGUGGGGGCGGACGACGGUGGCCGAGCGGCAGGACGCCCUGCGCAAGGUGGUCGACGUGAUCAACAGCAACCAGGCCGAGCUGGCCGACUACGCCAUGCGCGAGACGGGCAAGUCGGCGCUCAUGGGCCAGAUCGAGAUCGGCAACACGGGCCGCCAGAUCGAGGCCAUCAUCAACCAGGCCCUCGAGGACCACGUGCAGCAUGAGGACGACAAGGUCAAGAUCGUCGCCACCCACCCGCCCCUGGGCGUCGUCGGCGCCAUCUGCCCCUGGAACUUCCCCGUCAUCCUGUCCACCCUCAAGAUCGCCUCCGCCCUCAUCACCGGCAACUGCUGCAUCGUCAAGCCCUCGCCCUUCACCCCCUACGCCGUGCUGCGCCUGGUCGAGCUGUGCAUCCCCGUGCUCCCGGCCGGCGUCCUGCAGGCCGUCAACGGCGGCGCCGACCUGGGCGCCCUCAUGACCACCCACCCGGGCAUCGCCAAGAUCAGCUUCACGGGCCAGACCAGCACCGGCAAGAAGGUCAUGGCCAGCUGCGCCUCCACCCUCAAGAAGGUCACCCUCGAGCUCGCCGGCAACGACGCCGCCAUCGUCUGCCCGGACGUCGACCUCGCCGAGGCCGUCACCAAGACCUCCACCGGCGCCUUCUUCAACGCCGGCCAGAUGUGCGUCGCCACCAAGCGCAUCUACGUCCACGAGGACAUCUACGACGCCUUCCUGGACAAGUUCGUCGCCGAGACCCGCGACAAGUUCCGCAUCGUCGAGGACGCCGGCGUCCCCACCAUCUUCGGCCCCGUCUCCAACAAGCUGCAGUACGACACCGUCACGAGGGUCAUCGCCGACGCCAAGUCGCGCGACCUGCGCGUCGAGGCCGUCGACGCCGACAAGGUCCCCGCGAGCGGCUUCUGGGUCCCCGCGACGGUGGUCGUGAACCCCCCCGAGGACGCGCUGGUCGUCCAGGAGGAGCAGUUUGGCCCAGUCAUCCCCAUCCUGAAGUGGCGCGACGAGGAGGACGUCCUCGCCCGCGCGAACCUGGACAACGCAGGCCUCGCCGCCGCCGUCUACUCCAAGGACCUGAGCCGCGCGGAGAGCCUGGCGCGGAGGCUGGAGGCCGGCUCCGUCUACAUCAACACCUUCGAGCUGCCCAACGAGAACGCCUACUUCUCGGGCAUGAAGGACAGCGGCCUCGGCGGCGAGAUGGGCAAGCAGGGCCUGCUCAGCUACUGCUACACCCAGAGUCUGCAUUUCUCGAAGGUCUAAGGCAGGCAGGCAGAGAUUGGAGACGGCGCCUGGGGGAGUUGGAGGGCAUGUGAGUGGGGAGGGGAUGCGAAGGGAUGGGAUGAGUUGGGAGGGGAUGGCCAAGUGGGCUUGCUUACCUGCACCGCUGCGGUGCGGGCUGGGCUGGGCUGGGCACGCCGCGGGCUAUUAUACCCCGAGCCCGUGUUUCCGAAUUCGUACUUCGCCAGCAAUUGGGGGAUGAUUGGCCUACCUGUUGUUUGAGGAAUUGUCUAUAGCGUGUUUUAUAGCAGGUCAUACCCGUUCUGUUUAUACCGCGGGAUUCGAGCAGACUUGAAUCUUGCCAAACACUCUCUCAUGGUGACAGAAAGCACAACCAACUUUGGGUAAAAAGUUCGCGAUGCUCCAUCGCCAUAUCACCGUCAAGCAAGUUCUUCAUAAAAAAGCUAUAUUUCUCGUCAAGCUACGGGGUAUCAUCCUUUCAACUAGUGCAUCCGUGACCCUUUUUUACGCCAAACAGCCAGUUUUCCACCCCAAACACUGAAGAAACCCCUCAGCAAUGUCAGUUCCAAGAACCCCAACCCGACCAGGUCUCCGACCAGGUCUUCGACCAAAGGAAAACAAAUCUGGGAAAUCACCAUCGUAACGAACGGCUCGUCAUGGACCAGGAUAUUGUCGAGGUCUCAAAGGCAUGACAGACCACCUCACAAGCUCGGGCGCACGGGGCUUACACGCUCACUUCCGCGGCGUAUAAGACCCACAGGCAUCAUGCCAGACGUUAGUGGUGGGAAGUCAUGGCCGACAUUGCUCCCCGAAGCCUCCCGCCCGGAGCUGGACUGCGCGUUGGCGUUGGCGGUAGACGAGCCGGAGGAGGAGCCGCCGCCUCCGCCACCUGCCACGCUGCCCACGACCUCGGUGGUCUGCCUCUGGCGCGACCGCUGCAGGUCCAUCAGCCAGCGCACGUGCAUGCUCAUGACGCCGACCUGGCUGCGGGCCUCGACCAGCUGCUCCUUGACGGGCAUGAGCUCGGACAUCAUCCUCAGAUUCUGCCGGGCGUCCUGGUCGAUCAGCGCCUUGGAGAUGUUGUUGAUGCGCGUGUCUAGGUCGUCGAACAUGCGGAAGACGUACUCGGCCUGCUCGAAAUCGGUGCCCUCCGGGGGAGGCAGCAUGGGCCGGCCGGCUUCGUCCAUGACCUCGCCAGCCGCUGACUCACUGGCUGCUGGGUCCCUAUAUCGCGAAAGCCUCCGGUUGACCCUCUCGAACAUUGACAGUCUCUCGGCGAGCUGUUCACGCUUCUUUACCUCUUCGUUCAGUUGCUGCUGCAUCCCCUGGAGCAUAGUGUCCAUUUGACGUUUCUGGAGUUGUACCUUCUCCUCGAACUGGGUUGUCAAGGACGCUUCCAUGUCGGCCAACUUGGUUUCGAACUUUGACUCUACGCCCUGUAUAAUCUUGCUGAAAUUACCAAGGUCGCAAGUCUUCUCAUGAUCGAGGAGAUGUUUGCGCGGAGAUGAGAACGAGCAACCAAGUUUCGAGUAUGUGCAAGUUGCCACCUCAGCGGCACAAGCGCCCAUGUGGCGCUCGAGGAGGUCUCUCGCGACAUCUUGGCCACAGAACUCACAUGUCGCCUUCCAUUUGGCGCAAACAGUCAUACGGUGUUGGACCUCGGCAGAAAGAUCGACAUUCUCCUUGCAGUAUGCACACGGUCCCUCGUGAUGCAGACAGGCGGUGCCGAGGCUCUUGCGGAUGAUUGUCUUUUCGCAGCUGCUGUCUGGGCAGGGAUAGAGCGUCCACUCGCAGUCGUUGUUGACGUGUGCCUCGACGUUCGACCGUGGACCGGUCCACUUGCAGAACUCUGAGUUGUUUGGACAUUUGACGUUCAGUCGGUCCAGUUGGGCGCUCAUGUCCACAACGCGGAUGAACCUGCGUGCACCCCGCUCCCCACCGGAAUUGAGCUCCGUCCGGCACAAAGGGCAAGGUGCGCGAGGCCGAGACCGGCUCCUUGACUCCUCUAAGGCCCGGGAGAGACAAUCUUCACAGAAGGUGUGGCCACAGGCUUUUGUGGUCAAAGGUUUGUAGUACGGGGUCUUGCAAAUUCCGCACAACAGGUUGUCGUCCACCUGACUGGUGUACUCAAGACCCUGCCAAUCUAUCUCAGGCGAGUAUGCCGUGGGACUGCUCGCUGGAUCCGCCUCGUCAUCGGAGGACUCCCUGAUCGUCCUCUCAACGGGUCGAAGAGCUCCGUACGAAGAAGUCAAGUACCAGGAAGUAUCAUAUUCCGCCUCGGUCUCUAGCUGUGGCCAGCGCAGGUCGGGAAAUCGUCGCUGCAUCUCAUAAAGCGGAUUGACAUGCGCAGAGGGAGUUGCUGAUCCCGAGGUUGAGCCUGCGGGACUGGCCGGACCGGCCAAGAUGGUCUCGAGGUCGCGAACAAAAUCUGACGAUGAGAACUGGCGCGUCGAGAUGCGGGAAGGCUCUGCUUGGGUUCGAGAUGGGCGGGUCGAGUUGGGCGAGCUCGCGCCCGAGGGCUCAUUGGGAGUGUUUGGUGGAGGCAUCGUCGGCCGGCUCGAGCUGGGAGGAGACCAUCAAGGCGACUUGGAGAACUGGUCGCGGAACCCGUCAAGAACCAAGGACACACGAGAUAUCUUAGCGUCCGACGGGUUGAUGCUGGAAUUGUUUGCGGCGCACAGGUUUGCUGCUAUCAGUGAUUCACUACUUGGUGGUGACGGACUGGUUG